AUGUUGCAGCAGGGUGCUUGUCGUCCUUACCAGCGUCCUCCGACUUCAUUAGGCCCACUCUGUCCGCAGCCGAAGUCGGAGGGCGUCGGCGAGGCGGCCGCAGCGUCCCAAGCCGAAUGCAGGGAGGCUGGAGCAUCAGGCGGUAGUCCGGGAGAGGAGUCAGGCGAAGGGCCAACGCGGAGAGCUUGCCGCAUGGUCGAGGAAAUAAGGUUAGAAGAAAAUGUCUCAAAGAAAGAUUGGAAUCAGUCUCUGUCGGGAAACUGUGGCGUGUGGCUGGCUCCUGCGCGCGCCGACGGGGAGCAACGUUCUGCAGGCGACUAUUCUACUUCUCCUGCCAAAAGUUCCGAAAGUAGCAAAGCCCACACCCUACGUAAGAAACGCAUCCCCCCACACCCGCACACCACCCCCCCACUGCGCCGGACUGCACCACCCAACAACAGACGACACCCCCCGCGGCCUCCCCAACCAUCACGGUCGCGCCCUCCAGCCUUUGCACCCCCACGUGUCACCCACCCGCCGACCCGCAACCCCCCAACCACCCCCUCCACGCAACACGAACUGUUGCCCAACGGUCUCGCACCACUCCCCCCGCCACACUUCCGCCUGCCACACCUCCCGCCUCGCCCCCCUCCCCCCCGAUGCUUACGCCUCCUCGAGCCACUACUCCUCCUCCCCAGUCUCCAACGCCCGGCCUUCCACAACUUUCAACGCCCCCCGCUAGACCCCCCCAACCUCGCGAAGGGGGGGGGGCUCCCGGCCCCGGAACCAGGCUCCUUCCGUCACCCUCCCCACCGCUCAUCAGAUCCAGCCAUCUCCCAACUCACAUCACCGAUCAUUAAGCUCGACCCUCGCAACAGGAUCAUCUUGCUCACUGGCAGCAACUCAACUCCGCUCUGUCGCUCCACGCCCACCAUCCCCGCUCUUCUCAACGGUUACAACUCGAAAGCCCCAACUACUACAUCAACACGACUUCGAACUCAGUCCUAUCAACAAAUCCAACCACACCGUCCUAACUCAUGA